AGGACGAUGGUGCCGGUGUGCGGCGCGGCGGGCAGCCGCCUGCUGCGGAUGGUGGGGGCCGGCCGGAGGCCGCUUCUCCUCAGCGUCACCCGCGGCUGCAGCAGCUGCGGGGCGGGGGGGAGCCAGGCCCCCCGCGGCCGGGCCCUGGCCGUCAAAAAGCGAGGCUACGACAUCACCCGGAACCCUCACCUCAACAAGGGAAUGGCUUUUACACUUCAAGAAAGGCUGCAGCUGGGAAUUCAUGGCCUUCUUCCUCCUUGCUUCUUGAGCCAAGACGUUCAAGUCCUCCGUGUAAUGAAAAACUACGAGAACAAAUCAAAUGAUCUAGAUAAGUAUAUUGUUCUUAUGACAUUACAAGACAGGAACGAGAAGCUCUUUUACAGAGUGCUCACCUCUGACAUUGAGAGAUUCAUGCCCAUUGUUUACACCCCAACGGUUGGCCUGGCUUGUCAGCAGUAUGGUUUGGCUUUCAGGAGGCCACGGGGGUUGUUUAUCACCAUCCAUGACAAAGGCCAUAUUGCAACAAUGCUGAACUCCUGGCCUGAAGAAAAUAUUAAGGCUAUCGUGGUGACAGAUGGAGAAAGGAUUCUCGGUUUAGGAGAUCUAGGAAGUUAUGGCAUGGGCAUCCCAGUGGGGAAGCUUGCUUUGUACACAGCCUGUGGUGGAGUUCACCCACAACAGUGUCUCCCUGUCCUGCUGGAUGUUGGCACAGACAAUGAGGCUCUCCUGAGUGAUCCACUCUAUAUUGGACUGAAACACAAGAGGGUUCGUGGGAAACAGUACGACGAACUGAUUGAUGAGUUUAUGCAGGCAGUUACCAACAAGUAUGGCAUGAAUUGUCUGAUCCAGUUUGAGGAUUUUGCCAAUGCCAACGCUUUCCGUCUGCUCAAUAAAUACCGUGACAGAUACUGUACGUUCAAUGACGAUAUUCAGGGCACUGCGUCUGUUGCAGUCGCUGGCAUCUUUGCAGCCUUAAGGAUCACAAAGAACAAGCUCUCUGACCAUAAGUUUGUUUUCCAAGGAGCUGGAGAGGCUGCAAUGGGCAUAGCUCAUCUCAUCCUCAUGGCCAUGGAAAAGGAAGGAGUUUCACGAGAGGAUGCCAUCAAAAAGAUCUGGAUGGUAGACUCCAAGGGACUGAUUGUGAAGGGCAGGAGCCACCUGAACCAUGAGAAAGAAGUGUUUGCCCAGGACCACCCUAGUGUGAACACGCUGGAAGAGGUUGUGCAGAAAGUGAAGCCUACAGCAAUUAUAGGUGUCGCAGCCGUUGCAGGAGCUUUCACUGAGAAGAUUUUAAGGGACAUGGCAGCCUUCAACGAGAGGCCCAUCGUGUUUGCCCUGAGCAACCCCACGAGCAAAGCAGAGUGCACAGCGGAGCAGUGCUACCGCCUCACCGAGGGCCGGGGAAUAUUUGCAAGUGGGAGCCCAUUCUCAAAGGUGACCCUGCCCAACGGACAGACCUUCUUCCCUGGCCAGGGGAACAACGCCUACGUCUUCCCAGGAGUGGCCCUGGGAGUCAUUGCCUGUGGAGUCCGGCACAUCUCUGACGAGAUCUUCCUCAUCACAGCAGAGUCUAUUGCCGCUGAGGUGACAGAGCAGAACCUUGCAGAGGGAAGACUCUAUCCUCCCUUGGACAGCAUCAGAGAGGUAUCCCUCAAAAUCGCUGUGAAAAUUGUUGACUGGGCCUACAAGCAUGGUCUUGCUUCUUGGUACCCUGAGCCAGCAGACAAAGAGGCCUUUGUGAAACGGCUGGUUUACAGCCCUGACUAUGAUUCCUUUGUAACUGAUGAUUACAGGUGGCCCCCUGCAGCCAUGCAAACACAAGAUGUGUAAGGUUUUGUGAGAACUGCAUUCUCAUUUGUACCAUCAGUUCCAUGGAUCGUGUCAUCAUCGAUAUAAAUGCACCUCCAGGCUUGCAGAAUGAUAAAAGUCAUGAA